AUGGCUUACAGCGUCAAACUAUCAGACUAUCUUGACGGAGAUGAAGAUUCUGUGAUUUUAGAGUUUGAGAGUGAUUCUGAAAUUGAUGAAUUAGGUGAAGUAGAUGAAGACUCAUCUCACAGUUACAGCGAAGUCAAUGAAUUCAGUGACGGACCUUCGGAUAAAAAGGAUACAGGUGGCAGCCGUUAUUUAGAUGCAGACCAGAAGAAACCAUCAUGGGGCCGCGGCUUGACAGAAAUGGCAUACGAAAGCAGCGGAGUACCGAAACUUGCUUAUAGCUGCCUGACAACUGAUCAAAUGUUCGACCUAAUACUAGCGAGACUGGAACGAAUACAACCUAUCUUCGAGAUUUCUUAUGGAGAUAUUAUAGUGAUGCUACAAAAGUACGGCUGGAGUGAAGAACGGCUCUUGGAGGACUGGACAGAAGAUCAAGAGAGAGUGCUUGUUUCCUGUGGAUUGAAACUUGCUACUAGCUCCAACAGGUCUCGCGGUAUACAGGAUCAUUCAGAUUUUGUAUGCAAUAUAUGCUGCGAGUCCAAUAAACAGAGAACUUUUCGUCUUGAGUGUGGCCACGAAUAUUGCAUAGAAUGCUACAAGCACUACAUCAAAGAUAAACUGCUCGAAGGGAAGAUCAUAAGUUGUAUGAGCUGCUCGCUGGCUUUGAAAAAUCCUGACAUAGACGCCAUCGUCGGCGACAAUUCAAGCCAAACUCUUAUGAGGUCUUCUAUCAAAGGGUUCAUUCACAAACACAAUAAUCAUUAUAAAUGGUGCCCCUUCGUAGAUUGCAAUUGUGUUAUUCAGGUAACCAAUAUCUCUGCGCUCUCUGAGUUUCCUCGGUUCCACUUAUCCCCCUUCGUUGUUUGUAACAACCAUCAUCGUUUCUGCUUCAAAUGUGGUUUGGAGUCACACGCGCCUGGGGACUGUCAGGUGGCCGAAGUAUGGGUCAAAAUGGCACAACUAGAGUCUGCUAAUCUUAACUGGGUUCUAAAAAAUACCAAAGAAUGUCCCAAAUGUGGUGUAAAUAUCGAAAAAAAUGGCGGUUGCAACCAUAUGACCUGCCAGAGCUGUGAGUAUGAGUUUUGUUGGAUAUGUGAGCUGCCAUGGGAGGGACAUGGCGGUGGCUUCUUUGAAUGCACACGGUUCAGCAAAGACGAAAAAAAUGGGGCCACAGAAACCAAGAACUCUCUGAGAAAGUACACAUUCUACUAUAAGUUAUUCAGUGAGCAUGAAAACUCCUCCAAAUUAGAUUGGGCUUUAGGACUAGCUGUGGAGCAGAAAGUAAGAGCCCUCCAGGAAAAUAUCGGAAUUUCUUGGAUAGAAACUCAAUUUCUACCCGAGAGCAUCAGGUCCUUAAUUGAAGGAAGGACUACUCUCAAGUGGUCAUUUCCGGUGGCCUUUUAUUCUGACCCUUCUCAUAACUUAACAAAAAUUUUUGUCGAUAACCAAGCACUAUUGGUCAGUGCUGUGGAGGACUUAUCGCAACUACUACAGGUCAAAGAUCCUCACGAUAUUAUUGCCAGGAAACUUGAAUUUUAUAAUAAGGCAAGAUUUGUGCAAAGUAGAAAUCGAGCAUUAUCCGAGUGCGGGCGCGAUCUUUUGUGCAAGAGAAUUUGUGUUCCCCGCGGCUGA